CUUUCUAUAUUUCUUUUAAUUAAAUUUAUUUCUUCUUUUUCAAUUCUCCAACUGCUUGAUUUUUCUAUAGCAUUAGAUUCCAAGAUUCAUAGGAUUUAUUUUUACCUUUUUUUUUUUUGCAAAAUUUGGGUAAAAAUUGUUGUCAGGUGGGUUUCACAGAAUUUUGUAGCCUCAUGCAAAUUGAAUUUGCAUUUAGGUUUUCUUCACUCUCUUGAUUUCUACAAGAAUUGUCUCUUGUUUCAUUCAUUUGUACGCAAUCAUCACAACGUGAGAGCAAACCGAACUCUCUUUUGCUUUUGCUGCAUUGGGUAUAACAAUUCAAUUCAAUUAGCUAUUUUAUCAUAAUCUUCAAUUGAAUGGAACAGUUGAAAUUGGUUGAACAUCCUGAUGCCAAAGAGGAUAAUCCUCUUGGGCACGAUCCAAAAAAUGAUAGUACACUUGAGUCUUCUGACAGUCUGAGAAAUAGAAAGAUAUCAGCUAGAUGGGAUCCGGCUGAACCGUGUCGGCCUAUAAUUGACGAAGCACCUGUGUUUUAUCCAACUAUCGAAGAGUUUGAAGACACACUCAGUUACAUAGCAAAGAUUCGCCCCCAAGCUGAACCUCAUGGCAUAUGUAGGAUCGUCCCUCCAGCUUGCUGGGUUCCACCCUGCCCUCUUAAGGAGAAAGAUGUAUGGGAAAAUGCUAAGUUUCCCACCCGUAUUCAGCAAAUUGAUUUACUUCAAAAUAGGGAACCUAUGAGGAAAAAGACUAGGGGAAGGAAACGAAAACGCCGAAAGAACUCCAAAACAGGCACUUGUAGGAAACUUGCCAAUUCAGCUUCUGAAGUUGACAGUGCUCCUGAAUCUGAAGAGAAAUUUGGCUUUCAAUCAGGGUCAGACUUCACGCUUAAAGACUUUCAGCAAUAUGCUAAGUUUUUUAAGGAAUGCUACUUCGGGUUGAAUGAUGCCAAUGAAGAUGGAAAAAAUAGUGAAAGUAACCACCAGAAGAGAUGGGAGCCCUCUGAGGAGGAAAUUGAAGGUGAAUACUGGCGAAUAAUUGAACAACCAACUGACGAGGUUGAGGUGUAUUAUGGAGCUGACUUGGAAACUGGAGCACUUGGAAGUGGUUUUCCUAAGGCAUCGUCCUUGAAUAAGAGUGAUUUGGAUCAAUAUGCAUUGUCUGGAUGGAAUCUAAAUAACUUCCCCCGACUGCCAGGUUCUGUACUAAGUUUUGAGGGAAGUGACAUCUCAGGAGUUCUAGUGCCAUGGCUGUAUGUUGGCAUGUGCUUUUCAUCAUUUUGCUGGCAUGUGGAGGAUCAUCACCUCUAUUCGCUUAAUUAUCUGCACUGGGGUGACCCAAAAGUUUGGUACGGAGUCCCUGGAAGCCAUGCUUCUGCUUUUGAACAUUCAAUGAGGAAGCACAUGCCUGAUCUAUUUGAGGAAAACGCAAAUCUACUCAAUGAGCUGGUCACUCAGUUAUCUCCUUCAAUUCUUAAAUCUGAGGGAGUGCCCGUAUAUCGCACUGUUCAGCAUGCUGGGGAGUUUGUCAUUACCUUUCCAAGGGCAUACCACUCUGGCUUCAAUUGUGGCUUCAACUGUGCCGAGGCAGUGAAUGUUGCUCCUGUUGAUUGGUUAAUGCAUGGCCAGAAUGCAGUCGACCUUUACAGUGUACAACGCCGUAAGACAUCAUUGUCACAUGACAAGCUGUUAUUUGGGUCAGCACUGGAAGCUGUACAAGCCCUUGCAGAGCCAACUCUUCAAACUGCAAAAAAUUUGAAAUGGAGAAGUGUCUGUGGGAAAGAUGGAGUUCUUACGAGGGCAGUUAAGACAAGGAUAAAGAUUGAAGAAGAGAGGUUAGACCGUCUUCCAAGUCAUUUCACGUCGCGCAAGAUGGACAGUGACUUUGAUUUGUACAAGGAAAGAGAAUGCUUCUCUUGCUUCUAUGACUUGCACCUAUCUGCUGUAGGUUGUGAGUGCUCUCCUGACAGAUAUUCUUGUCUUAAGCAUGCUAAGUUGUUCUGCUCCUGUGAAAUGGACAAAAAAUUUGUUCUGCUUCGAUAUACUGUUAAUGAGCUAAAUAAACUGGUUGAAGUAUUAGAAGGAGAAUCAUCUGCUGUUGAGUUGUGGAAAAAUAAAAGCUUCGGAAUGGUUUCUGCUGAUGCCAAUCAGGUUUGCAUUGAUAAACCAGAUGUGGAGAGAGACAUGUACCGAACCAAGGAUAUUAAAGAAGGGGAAAGCUUAGCUGGUUGUGAAGGUGCCAAGGUUAAGUCAAAUUUAAGUGCCCCUAGCAGUCCUUAUAGUCAUGUUACUUCAGAGAUGAUGCAGUCUGAGUGUCACCUUGUAACUUUUAGCACAUUACGUGGUGGCAGUAUUGAUAGUCAUAACGGCAACAUUAAUGAUAAUAAAAUGGUCUUAGACAAUGAUGAGAAGGUGGAUCAAGGAGGUUUUCUGGACUUGAAUCUUGAUGUUUCUGGUGAAAGUGAAAAUGAUAAUAAGCGGAUUAAAAUAGAGGAAAAAGUACACUGUUCAGAGGCCAGAGAGGGUGACCUGUCUCUCUCACUCUCAUCUUCUAUUGUGAAGACAGAUUUUUCAUCAUGUUCAAGGGAUGUUUGCCGUUCUUCUACAUUUGAUGGUGUAAAAUAUAAGGUGGACCUGCAAAUGGAUUCAGAUUCAAGAAAGCAACCCAACAGUAUAUUAAAAAAUGAAGUCAUAGACAUUACGAGCACAAGCAUAUCUUUGGCACGUGAAAGCUGCCUAAUGCAAAUGUUUGGUGCUUCUGUCAAGCUUAUAAGUUUGGGUUCUGUUGUUUGUGGAAAGCUGUGGUGCAGUAAGCACACGAUAUAUCCCAAAGGAUUCACAAGUCGAGUUGACUUCUUAAACAUUCUUGAUCCAACAAGAAUUUCUAGCUAUAUUUGUCAAGUCAUUGAUGCUGGAUUACUUGGCCCUCUUUUCAAGGUUACCAUGGAGGAAAAUCCAACUGAGGCUUUCACAGAUAUCUCAGCGGAUAAGUGUUGGGAAUCAGUUCUCAAGAGACUAAAUUAUGAAAUCAUGAGGCGGAAGAAUCUUGGUGAGCUGGAACUUCCUCCCUUAGAGCUUCUGAAAAGGAUUAAUGGUCUUCGAAUGUUUGGCUUCCUUUCACCAUCCUUUAUUCAGGCUAUUGAAGCUCAAGAUCCCAGUCAUCAGUGUGUAGAGUACUGGAAUCACAAAGUUCUCCUUGCAUCUUCAGGCAGUUUCAUUGAUAACAUAAAGCUCACAUAUGGUUCUAGCAGCUCUAUAGAUAAUGUCAAUACCAAAGUUUUUGGUAUCAAAUUGAUUGUGCUGCCAAAAGAUAACAUAGAUGGAAGUUGCCAUUCCCUUGAAGAGAUGAAACAAAUACUACAAAGGGCAAGUCCUGAUGAGUUAAGCACAAUGCAUAAGUUACUCAGCUCUGAUGCACAGUGCUCUCAGUGGAGAAUGGCAUUGAUAGAUCUGAUUGAUGAGAUCCAGAAAGCCUGUAGAUAAACAGGAAAAGUGAUCACAAUUCUUUCUGAUCCUGGAUAGUCUUAUUUCAAUUUAGUCAUUAGUUAGGGCCAUUCUUUCAGGGAUAAAUUAAACUGAAGUUGCUGGGUGAAGCCAAGACAAAAUUUUGCUACUUGCCCACAAUCAAUGACCUAAUUUCAAACUUUCCUUUGCAUUUUUCCUUUUACAGUCUAGCCUUUAGGUGUUGCUGGAUUUAGGGUUAUAUUUAUUUCUAUUCUCUUUUCAAUCUGUAUAUACACAGAAAAUCACAUGCAGUUGUUGCAAUAAGUGAUAAAAGUAGGGGAAAUACAUGGUGAAUGCAUUUUCUUCUGCUCAGAAUUUUGAAUGUAUGAUCAUCGACUCAACUCUCAAGCAAACAGCCAUGCACGAAUCGCCACAUCCUGCAUUAA